AUCUCUACUGUCAUCUUCAUAUUUCAAAGCUCAUCCAAGUCUACUAAUGACAAAAAUCAAAAGUAGAUAUUUUCCAUCCAUUGUUGAUGCAGAAACCAAAGUCACAGUGGGCUGAUGUUUCUCUUCUCUUAUUUGAUGGUUUGGGUUCUAGAGGCCAAAUCUGACUCCUAAAAACACCAAAAGGAACCUGUGCCAAAUCUUUGCCCUGGAAGCCUGCCAUCACCCUGUGUGAGGCAGAAUGGCCAACCUCACAUUUGUGCUGCUGCUAGUGACCAUUGCAGGUGGUGCCUCUCAACAGUGCAGUGAGGGGAAGACCUAUUCCAAUGCAAUCAUUUCACCUAGCCUGGAAACCAUUAGAAUCACACGGGUGUCACAGACCUUCUCCAUGGGUGACUGCACAGCCGCUUGCUGUGGCUUGGCCAGUUGUGACUUGGCCUGGUGGUUUAAGGGAAGUUGCUACCUGGUGAGCUGCCCUCACAGAGAGAACUGUGAACCCAAGAUAGGCCCCAUCAAUUCCUAUCUCACCUUUGUGUUCAGACCUGUCCAGAGACCCACACAGCUGCUGGACUACGGAGAGAUGAUGCUGAACAAGGAUCCCCCUUCGAGGGUCUGGGGGGACACACUGGAGGAUAUCAUGAAGGACUUGCCCUUUCUAGGCAAAGAUGGGGGCCUGGAGGAGAUGGCAGAGUACCCCGAUGACUAUAGCCAGCUGGAGCGGGGCUUUCUCCAGCCUGUGGGCCAGCAGGAUCCCAGAGGGAGUGCUGAGUACCCGGACUGGAGCCUACUGCCUGGCACCCAGGGAGGUUUGAACACAUCUGCUGCUGGAGACACCCUUACAGCUUCAGCGGAGAAGCCCCAGGACCCAGAGUCCCAUGACCUGGAUCCACAUGCACUUAGAGAGACAACUUGGACCCCUGUCCCCAAGCACUCUGCAGACAGCAGUGCUGUCACCUUGCUUCCCUUGGUGAACUUUUCAACUUCAGGAGGGGUUCCAAAGAAAGAAGAAGAGGCUUUUCAGCAUCAAGAACAAGGGAGCAAGAGCUCUGGGAAAGAGGUUCUAAUACCUUCCCAUAAUCCUCCUCCCGCCAGCCUGGAGUCCAGCCCAGCUGCCAUGGAGGGAAGCCCAGGCCUCACAGUUACUCUGGGGAACACAGAACACAGCAUUCCAACACUUGCCCCUAGCACUGCCCCUUCUGGGUCCUCCACACCUGAGGGAUCCGUACCUCCUCCCACUGCUUCCAGGACAGUGAAAGAACUUAGCGUGUAUGCUGGGGAUAACCUAAUGAUAACCUUACCCAACAAUGAAGUUGAACUGAAGGCUUUUGUUGUACCAGCACCCUCUGCAGAAUCAGCUUACGACUAUGAAUGGAGUUUAAUAAGCCAUCCUGGAGACUACCAAGGUGAAAUAAAACUAGGACACACACGAACUGUUAACCUCUCUCAAUUGUCAGUAGGACUUUAUGCCUUCAAGGUGGCUGUGUCUAAUGAUAGUGCCUUUGGGGAAGGAUUUGUCAAUGUCACUGUUAAGCCGGCUGCAAGAGUCAACCUGCCACCUGUAGCAGUUGUUUCUCCUCAGAUUCAAGAGCUCUCUCUGCCUGUGACAUCAGCCCUCAUCGAUGGCAGCCAAAGUACAGAUGAUACUGAGAUUGUGAGCUACCACUGGGAAGAAAUUCACGGGCCCUUCCUGGAAGAGAAGCUCUUGCUCGACUCUCCUGUCUUGCACUUGUCUAACCUUCUUCCUGGGAACUACACUUUCAGGCUGACUAUUACAGACUCAGAUGGAGCCACUAACUUUACAACUGCAGUCCUGAUCGUUCACAGUGCUGUGGACUACCCACCUGUUGCCAAUGCAGGACCAAAUCAGACCAUAGCUUUGCCCCAAAACUCCAUCACUUUGAAUGGAAACCAGAGCAGUGAUGACCACCGGAUUGUCCUCUAUGAGUGGUCCCUGAGCUCCAGCAGUGAGAGCAAAGAGGUGACCAUGGAGGGAGCACAGACUCCCUACCUCCACUUGUCUGCAAUGCAGGAAGGAGAAUAUACAUUUCAGCUGAUGGUGACAGACUCUUCAGGACAGCAGUCCGUGGCUCUGGUCACUGUGAUUGUCCAACCUGACAACAACAGGCCUCCAAUAGCUGUGGCUGGCCCAGAUAAGGAGCUGGUCUUCCCCGUGGAAAGUGCCACCCUGGAUGGUAGCAGGAGCAGUGAUGACCAUGGCAUUGUCCUCUACCGCUGGGAGCAUGUCAGAGGCCCAAGUGCAGUGGAGAUGGAAGAUGCCGACAGAGCUGUAGCCACUGUAACUGGUCUUCAGGUGGGUACGCACCACUUCCGUUUAACAGUGAAAGACCAGCAAGGCCUGAGCAGCACAUCCACCCUGACUGUGGCAGUGAAGAAGGAAAAUAACAGUCCUCCCCGAGCCCAGGCUGGUGGCAGACAUGUUCUUGUGCUCCCCAAUAAUUCCAUUACUUUGGAUGGUUCAAGGUCUACUGAUGACCAAGGAAUUGUAUCCUAUCUGUGGAUCCGGGAUGGUCAGAGUCCAGCAGCAGGAGAUGUCAUUGAUGGCUCUGACCACAGUGUGGCGCUACAGCUCACUAAUUUGGUGGAGGGCAUCUACACUUUCCACUUGAGAGUCACCGACAGUCAGGGGGCCUCGGACACAGACAAGGCCACCGUGGAAGUGCGGCCAGACCCUAAGAAGGGUGGACAGGUGGAACUGAUCCUUCAGGUUGGCACUGAGCAACUGACAGAGCAGCAGAAGGACACCCUGGUGAGGCAGCUGGCAAUGCUACUGAAUGUGCUGGACACCGACAUUAAGGUUCAGAAAAUCCAGGCCUACUCAGAUCUCAGCACCGCCAUUGUGUUUUAUGUACAGAGUGGGCCACCUUUUAAAGUUCUCCCAGCCGCAGAUGUGGCUCGAAAUCUGCACAGGCGUCUUUCCAAGGAGAAGGCAGAUUUCUUGCUUUUCAAGGUCUUGAGGAUCGACACAGCAGGUUGCCUUCUUGAAUGUUCUGGCCAUGGUCACUGUGACCCCAUCACAAAGCGCUGCAUUUGCUCUCAGCUGUGGAUGGAGAAUCUUAUUCAACGCUACAUCUGGGAUGGGGAGAGUAACUGUGAGUGGAGCGUAUUCUACGUGUCAGCACUGGCGCUCACUGUGAUAGCGGGCACUGGGGGGCUGAUGUGGCUUUGCAUCUGUUGCUGUAAAAGACGGAAAAGGACUAAAAUAAAGAAGAAAACAAAGUACACCAUCCUAGACGACAUGGAUGAACAGGAAAGAAUGGAACUGAGGCCCAAAUACGGUAUUAAGCGCCGAAGCACAGAGCACAACUCCAGCUUGAUGGUGUCUGAGUCUGAGCUUGACAGUGACCAGGACACAAUCUUUAGCCGAGAUAGGAUGGACAGAGGGAACCCGAAUGUUUCCAUGAAUGGCUCCAUCAGGAAUGGAGCUUCCUUCAGUUAUUGCUCCAAGGACAGAUAAGGGAGCAGUUGGGGAGUGGAAGGACCCACUGGAAUCCACAACUCCAGGACGAGUCCCGGGGAGUUUAACUACAAAAGCCACUCUCGUUAGCAUAUGUUCCAGCUACCUUCCACAGUGGGCUGGAUGCGUCUCCACAUAAAGACGUGACUUCUUGGAGACACAAAACCAAACCAAAACACAACGCUUGUAGCUGGGAGGCUUCUGGAUAGGAAUAACAGCUGCAUAGUGUGUCUGUAGGGGGCGCUAUAUUAUAAUGACCAAACUAUCCCCAGACACUUAGGGAAAGUUGAAGGCUUUCAGGAGGGCUGAUGUCUCUCUCCUGUGAUUGUUUUUGAGUACAAUCGUCAAAUGUGGUUUCUCUGGUAAGAUCUGCCAAGUCAGAAUGAGGCAUGAGCUCUCUCUGGGCAGGGAGCUCUAUGGUCUGUGCGUGACACCCCCAUAGGGCAUCCCCUCCACCCACCGAGUUUCACAACUUUGCUAUGAUCAGUGCCACCCAUGCUUUCUGAAAAGCAGCUGGUGGAAGUUCAUGAGCUACUAGAGAAUUGUGUUCCAAGGCCAGGAGGCAACAGAAAUGAUGUGUAAGGUUGAACGUUGUAGACAGCAUUGAACAUUCUUUAAUCAUUGUUUUUCUAAGAAACAAACCAACAUCACAAGAAAAAAACAACAACACAAAAAACCUCACGGAGGCCUCUCUCAGCCCCAUUUUACAUUAACCACAGUAAAAAGUGACUGAGCAACUCUGUAUAUAUCCCAACUUCAGAAAUAGUCUAAAAGAAGAUGGAAUGGCCCUGAUGCUCUGACCUGCUACAAGUACUUCCACAAUUUGCGGACAUAACGUAUUCAGUUCAUACAUUUAAAAAGAAGAUGUUUAUUGAAUGGUUUGUCUACCACAUCUCACUUUACUCAUAUAAAAAAAUUAAACCAUUUCCUCCCACAAAGAAACACCCUAGAGCAAUUAACUGGAGUUCUUCCUAACCUGACAGGAUUGGGUUCUGGGAGUCCUACCCACAGUCCUGCUGGAGCAGGAGAGAGACAAUUAGUGUUAUAUCAAUGUGGCCACACCUAAGCAGCAGGCUAUUGCUCAGUGCUCUUGUAGCUUGUGGCACAAGCAAGGGGUUCUCUGUUGAUGGAGCUGAGAGCAAAGCAAUUUAACCACGGGGAUAGGAGGUUCCAGAGCAAACAUUUCCUUUAGGCCCUUAGCAAAACUCAACUUUCAAGCAUAUUUGUCAUCUCUUGAAAUGUUCAUCCUCAUGGGGCCAUCUUGUUCUUCAUUAUCAUCAACCCCUUCCUGGAUAGUACCUAGCACCAUAGAUGCUAUAUUUUUCUCCUCUAUAUUACAUAACAAGUAUAAUUAUACAUUUUUCUAUCUGAAUUAAGCACUUACUACAGACUUUGCUUGCCACUUUUGUAGUUUGAAGUGUGACUGAAAACCAGCAUAUAUUUCCCUUCCCUUUACAAUUUUUGUGGGUUUUGUUUAUAUUAGAGUUUUCAGCAAACUCAGCAUGUGAUUUUUUUUUUCUUCCCAUAUCAAGUCAAGAACUUUUUACCCUUUCACUUAAAAGAAGUAUUUUAUGGCUUGGGUAUGGCAUGUCCAAGUUGCCAGUAUCACUACCUUGUACUUUGGGACCAUGGGUAAAUAAAAUAAAGGAUUUUUGAAUUCAGCACUGCACUGCUGCUAACUGAGUUGGCCUUGAGUAAGUGACUGGUGGCCGGUAGCAUAUACAGUGUGGAUAUAGUGGACAAAGGGAUAAUUCAGGUGGAUGGAGGAGGACAGCAUGACUGAAAACUUACCAAUUAUGUAGUUCUAUAAUUUUCCAUUCAAUGUUUCUAGACCGCAGUUGAUUACAGAUUUUAAAAAAAACUCAGAAAGUGAAACCAGAGUAUGAAUGGACCACUAUAUUAUACUUCACUGGAGAAUGGUGGAAUAAAAUGUAUUCUGCGUAUGCCUGGACUUGCUGUAUCACUGGCUAACUUAUCCUAGCUCAAAUGUUAAUGUAAUUAACAUUAUAAUCAACUGCUGUGUAUUUUUGAUAUUUUGAAUAUUUGUAUCUCACUUUAUAAGUUUAGAGUAUGCCCUACAUGGUGAUCAAGGUUAUUGUAUUUUUAUGUGUAAGUGGAAUUUUUUGGCAUAGAGAAUAGAAUGCCAAAUGUAAAGUUAGAGCAAGGUGGUAAAGAAGAGAGUGAACAUUCAUCACUUUAUGUGUAGAGUAUAUACUUUUCACAUACAUACUCCGUGAAUUUACAAUCAACCUGGAAAAGGAGAUAUUAUUCUCAUGUUGCUGAUACCCUUAGAAGGUCUAGAGGGUGUAAGUAUCUUGCCCAAGCCCAUAGUCAAUAAGUAGUGUGUCAGGGAAUUAAAUGUAAAGUCUUACUUCAACUGCACUGAGAACUGCCCCUUACAAAGGAGGAGGCUACAAUGCUUGAUAAGAAAUGUACUCAUUAUCUUGCCCAUGUA